UGUAAUUAAAUUCAAAGGUAAAGUCAUUCUAAUCAAAUGACUAGGUAGAAACUCAAACAAGGAUUAAAUAGGUAAUUAUAUCUUACAUUAAAUAAUAUUAAUAGAAUAAAUUACAAUAUAUAUUUUGCUAAAUACUGAAUAGUGGAGAAUUGUUUACUUUGAAUAAAAAAACAUAUUUUUAAAAUCAGAGGAAAUGUAUCGAACUGUUUAGUUUUAUUUUGUGAAUAUUUAUUUAUGUAUUAAAAUCAACUCAUUUGUAUUCAGUACAUUGAAACUCUUUACAGAAGAUUUUUCGCACACUUUUAAAAUCAACUUCUGUAUCUCUAAGACAAUUAUGCGUUGCUUGUAAGAGUUAGAAAACAAAUUUGAAAGUCAUUUAAAUCAUUGGAAAAAAGAACCAAGAGAUAAAAAUGUUUACUUAUAAUUGAAAGUGAACAUAUAAAUGCAUUUUAUUGCAAUUAGACAUAAUUUCUAAAAAAUAAAUUGAAUUAGCUAUCAAUUUAAGAGUAAGAUCGAAAAUAAAAAUAAGUAUGAGUUAGCUACCGGUAAUUAACGUAGCGUAAUACAAUUUGCGGCAAGUGUGUUAUGAGUGUAGAAUAAAAAAAAAAAAACUUUUAAUAGUUUUUUUCCCCGGACCUAAUCACAUUGUUGUGUGUUUAUUGGUUCACAUUUAAUUACUAAAAACUUUGUCGGAAACCUUUUUAAACAAAAAACUACGAAAAUUAAUAAAUAAUUUAUUGCAUUAUAUUAUGCAAAAUUAUUGCAUCUGAAUAAAUAAAAUAUAUAUAUUUAACAUAUUUACUUCAAACAUGCCUGUUUCGGUUUUAAAUAAAGUUUGCGAGAUGAAAAACCUUUAAUGAAGAGCUCAGAAUUUGUUUUUUUGUUUUUAAGUCCAAAAUGUUCAACUACUUAGCGGACUGAAAAAAAAAAAAAAAAACAUAUAGAACAAACAGUAUUCUUUAAAUAAUUGAAACACAUAUUGAAAAUUACCCCCCCCCCCCCCUUUCCCCAUCCUUUAAUAAUGAUUAUCAAAAUACAAUUACGUUCUGUAAAAAAAAAUAAUAAAGGAAAAUAAAGGAAAAAAUGUCAGUUAUGUUUUUCCAUGUAAAAUAACGCAACGUAUCGUUCAAACUUUGAAAUAUUCGGGUGAAAAGUGCAUUUAAAAAUAGAAGGCUUUACUUCAAAAUGUAACAUAUAGAAACAUAAACAGCUAUGAUCAUUCUUUGAAUCUCCAAAAAAAAAAAAAAAAAAAGAUAAAUCCAAAAUAUAAUUUAGAUAAAACUAAUAAAGAAUACAGCUUUUUUUUUUUUGAAACGCUAAUCUGAAAAGUGAUUCUUGAUUUAGAAGCGAAAGGAGAAAGUUUAUACGGGAUAAAAGGAUUCUAUGAAAAUUAAACAGAAGUAAUAGGGAGAUUUUUCCGUUGGAAUAAAAAAUUAUUGUAACUUCCUCUCUUAAAACUUGAAUUUCUGAAAUUUCUUUUUUAUUUAUACGUCAGUUUGGGAGGGAGAAAUGCCAUCAAAACCUUUACAAACCAAGCAACUAUGAAACAAAAUUCAUCACCUCAAAAGAACAGUUUUAAAGUUUUAAAAAGUAGCUCAAAAAGAGCUACUGCAUCAAAUAAGAAAUAGCUACAAUGUGAACUGAACUUAAGUUAUUUAACACCUGCUUGUAUUACAUAUUUGAAAAGUCAAGCAGAUGAUAUUUGAAGUUGAGUAUCUUUCAUUUAAGACGUUGCCUUCAAUAAAAAAAAAAAAACUUUGCUUAAGCUCCAGAUGUUAAGCUAGCACAUCUAAUCAGCAUGCAAGUACAAAAAGGAGUCAAGACCUACAAAAGUUAGAAACGUAAGUCAAAAGAUUGUUCGUUCUUAACUAAAGAUUCACCACAUAACGAUUUAUUUCGAAUAGUCUACUACGCCAAAUAUAUCACCACUUAUAUUGACAUUGAAAUAACACAACUGGUUUCACAUCACUGAAGCUCAAUUUGCCUAUUCAUUAACUACAUUUGGAUGGAUGGUCGGGUAUUCGAGUAUCAUUAAUUUAAUUGUCAUCGUUUUCAUCGGACUAUUUCAUGCGGGCCGGCUAAGCCGGGAUGCCGGCCGCAGAUGUGGCACUGGAGAGUGGAGUUGCCAUGGCUUGGGCUGCAUUGGACUAAACAAGUUCUGUGAUGGAAUCAGUCACUGCCCAGAUGGAUCAGAUGAGCCUCCAGGAUGUACAAAUUGCAACAGAACGUACUCGGGCAAAGCCGGCAUUAAAUAUCCUCUCAGAGUAACUGGACCUUUCCAGCGUUACCUGCCUUUUGUCUGCAGAGUCAAUUUCGUUGCCAUGGGAAACGAUUUUGGAGAUUUGGUGGAGCUCUCAUUCCUCUCGUUUCAAAUAGGAAGAUUCGAAUUUACCAAAGAUCUUAAUGCAGCUUGUAGAAAAGGAUUCCUGAAAAUAUACGAACCACCCGUUAGCAGUUUAUCGGAGGACGUUCUAAGGCAUCCAAAUUUCGGAAACUUCUGCGGAAAGAUGACUGAAAGGAGUGCAACCUUCUUUUCCAAAUCAAGCAACGUUACCUUGCUGGUUGUUGUUCCCAGCCGUGCAUCAAUCCCGUCCACGUCUACUUUUAGCCUGUUCUUAACUUUUAGGUUCAUGGUAAGAACAAGGACUCGAAACAACCCAACGUUUGUUUCAUCACAGUACGGAAAUCCGAUUCCUGGAACAUUCUGCGAUCGAAUGUUCUUAAACUGUAACUAUCGUCCUUGUAAAAUUAGAAGUCCAAACUUCCCAGGUUUUUAUCCACGAAAUAUCACUUGUAAUUAUCACAUCAAGCAAAUGAUGGUGCCUCAUGCAAAUGUUGCUUCAAUUGUUCUUGAACAAGCAAACGACUACAAAAUAUUUUUGCCUCGUGGAAGUGAGUCAUCUCCAUCUAAUACAGCAUCCACUGUUGGAAGUAAAUCUGCUUUAUCAACCGAUUGCUCGGGUCCCUUUAGUGACUCUAUGAAAAUAUUCGACGGGCCAACUACCAGUAUGCCUCUUUUAGCACAAUUCUGUGGUGAUGGUACGAUGCCAAAAAUAAUAUCCAGUGGACCAGAACUUUUAGUACAACUACAUAGUGCUCCAUAUAGCAUUUUAUGUAGUUCAAGACUGGAAAUUGAAGUGAUCGUAAAAUUUGAACCUGAAAUUGCUGGUUCCAUGCAAAAAGAUCGAAGCAGAUGUGCAUAUGUAAUUGAUGCCAACAGACAUAGACGUUGGGGUAUAAUUACCAGCCCAAAAUAUACAAUGCCGGAAAAUUCUUCCUGUAUCUAUAAAUUUAUUGGUGCAUCAAGUUAUGAUCGCAUUUGGAUUUAUUUCGUUUCUUAUUUAUCCAGAGAACAACAAGAAACAUUGAUUGAGAAAGAACAGAAACAAUCUUGCAAGUCCAGCGUUCUUGAAAUGUUCGAUAGCGAUGAACAGUGGUCCAUUCUAGACUUGAAUGAAGAUUUUGACGCCUACCCCAUGCAAUUUUGUGGUGAAUCUUUGUUACCAAAAAUAUGCGCUCAUGCACUGGAUUAUCCGCCACUUUAUUCUCCUGGUAGACCAUGUUUCUUUCCUGAUGAAAGCUAUUAUUCUUCAGGACCAACUUUUGUGAUUCGACAUUCUUUUCCUUCCACUAUAAACACUGUCGAUUUUUUUAACUACAAUCAUUUUACAGCUCGAUAUGAGUUUGUUGAUACUCGCCAAGAUGGCAUCGCGAUUGGAAGAACUGAAUGCGAUCGCAGGUUUGAUAGUCGAUCUGCAAAAGGAGGUUUCAUCUCCAAUCCAAAAAACGUAUUCUUUUACGGACGUGGAGGCAGACAAAAUGUCUCCUGUGCCUUUCAUUUUGUGGGACUACCUUCAGAAAGAGUGCGAAUUACUAUUUUUAAUGUAAAAUUGUCUAUUUCAAAAUCAGACACUAAGUGUCAGACUUAUUUUGACAGCGUAACUCACAAACAUCUUUGCUUUAUUCCUUCUGAAGAUAAUGCAGGAAGAAUUGCACUUAUAAAGGGGGUUGAAUUCUGGGACAGCCAUUCUGCUACUAUUGGUUGCCUUUGCAACAUAACAUCCCUAGAUAAAAGCACAAAAUACAUUUUUGAUUCCUUGGUUAGCAAUGUAAAGUUGAUUUUUGCUGCGAAUUUUAUGUCUCCGUUAGAAGAUUUUAAAGAUUUUAACUUCGAAGCAAAAUUCGAAUUUUUCAACUCCACACUAUGUGAUACACAUGCCUUUGAUAAGCGUUCAGAUUUCAGUCCAGAAGGGACAAUAGAAUUUCAUGUUCCUUCCGGUAGGACUAACUUCACGAGUGGGGAAGAUAUAUCAAGGCCUUUGAGAUGUCGUUGGGAGAUAAAAGCUGUGACUGAAAAAUAUUUAUAUUUGCAGUUCCGUGGUACAGACUCUCCACCAGACAACUGCAAAGAUGGAGUCUGGGUGCUUGUGUACGUUGACAACUAUCAAUCAAAACCCACUAGCAGGGUCUGCAUAGUAUCAGAAGAUAAAUUUGAUAUUAUUGCUACCAAAGAAUAUCAUGUCUUCUCUCACUCAUGGUUUAAUGACACCCUAAAUUUUGAUACUAAUCAGAAAGAUUUCAUAUUUAUUGAAAUCGUCUCUGAUUCCAACUGGAAAGGUAUCAAACUGCAUUUUCAUUGGAUGGAAGUAACAAAACCAUUUUAUAAAAGUUUAGCUGGCACCCCUCUCAGGAAUGUUGACUGUGUGUUUGAGUGUCCUGAUAUCGGUGCUUGCAUUGAUCCACAUUUCUGGUGUGAUGGUGUUGACCAUUGUCCAUCAGGAUUCGACGAGCUACCUUCAAACUGUCACACCCUAUCUAAAGGAUUAGAAUAUUUAUCUGUCAUCGUAUCUAUGACAGCAGUAGUUCUGCUUAUAGCAGGGUUGCUCAUAGCGUGGGCUUUAGUAAGACAUCGUCACCAUCAUAGGUCUUGCGUUCACGAAAUGAAUGACAGUCCAAAAGACUGCAAUCAUAGGUUGUCACCAACGGAAGAUUAUCAGAUGGAAAGUCCUGUCAGUUGACAAAACAUGAUCCUCAAUUUAUAAAGAGUUUUGAUAUUUGUAAAUUCUUGUAAAAAAGGUGUCUUAAAUCUAAAUGUAUAUAAUGUAACUUUGAUAAAAUGUAACUGAGUUUUAAAACUAUUAAAAGUCUACAAAUGGCGUUGUACAUACAGGCGAGCUCUUAAAAUACAUUUAUUAAUUCCUGUAUAAUCCAAUAUUCCAUGCCGAUAUUUUUUAUGGAAAUUGUAUUUAUUUAAUUAAAUUGAUUGGCAAAUUUAUGUUUAAAAAAUCCUACACCCUUAAACACUAAUCAUACAAAGCAUUAAAAAAUUUUAGUCUCUAUGAAACUUUAAGAACAAAUUAAUGGU